UCUGGGUACUUCACAUCAGCUUGUAGUAUCUAAGUAAACAGGCUGCGAGGAGUAUUUGUUUUUCCAAUCAGUGCUGGUUUGGAAUACCUAAAGUGUUAACUUGUUUGUGGAUCUGCUCGUGAUGUAAACAAUGAAACAAAACCUCCGAUGACGAGUUAAGAUCAAAUUGAUUGGUUUGAAUAACAACAAGUGUGUAUAAACUUAGUGUUUUGUCUGGAAGGCAGUGCUCGAUAAAAUUCCGUGCAAUAGUUCGUGCAAUGUUUUAAGAUGAUUUCGCAGAAAAUAUAUCCCGACGUCGGCUCGAUGUCGACAUCCGCGAACGGCAUGUCCCCGAUGACCUCGAGUUACAUGAACUCCAUGUCCUGCGUUUCCAUGGCCCCCAUCACGGGCUCUUCGCAGGCCUCCUCGAUGUUCGCCCCAGGUGGCAUGCUGGGGUCCGGGAUGACGGCGCAGUGCCGCAUGUCGCAGAUCCAGGAGUCCACCCAGCUGGGCGGCUACACGACCAUCGGAUCUCCCGUCUCGAAUAUGGGCGCUUGCAUGGGCCCAGGCUCCAUGUCCCUCAACACCCACCAAAGCUACAUAGGCGGCCGAGGAGAUUUAGGCGGCGGCGACACCUCGCCCAACACGGCUUUGCAAAGGGCCCGCGCGGAUAAAUCCUACAGAAGGUCCUACACCCACGCGAAACCGCCUUACUCCUACAUUUCCCUCAUCACGAUGGCCAUCCAGAAUAGCCCGCAGAAAAUGCUCACCCUAUCGGAGAUAUACCAGUUCAUCAUGGAUUUGUUCCCGUUCUACCGACAGAACCAACAGAGGUGGCAAAAUUCGAUCCGUCACUCCCUCUCGUUCAACGAUUGCUUCGUCAAGGUGCCCCGAACGCCCGACAAGCCCGGCAAAGGUUCCUUCUGGAGUUUGCAUCCGGAAUCCGGAAACAUGUUCGAAAACGGUUGUUAUCUGAGGCGGCAGAAACGCUUUAAGGACGACAAGAAGGAGCCUGUGAGAUCUUCGCACAAAAGCCCGUCUCACAGCAUAGACAACAGCAACAGCUCGGGCAAGAAGACCCCGUUGCACCAUCCCGACGAUAAAUCUCACCACCUGGACAAGACCGACAACUUGAACAACAUGCUGAACAUGCACUCGUCGAAAUUGGACGUGGAUCAGCUGAAUCUUCUGCACUCCAACGAUCUGCACAACAUGCACAAUCACCAUGCCCAAAGCAUGUCGCACGAGGAUCAACUUUCCGCGAUGCUGAACAGGAAUAACCACUUGCUAUCCAACGAGCACCAGGCGAUGCUUCACCACGGUAGUAUGAACCACCAUUUGAAGCAGGAACCCGCAGUUGGUUACACCCCUUCGAACCACCCGUUCUCGAUCACCAGGUUGCUGCCCGCGGAAAGCAAAACGGACAUCAAGAUGUAUCCGACGGAUAUGGGCUACGGAUACCAGACGCUGAGCCCGCUGCCCAACUCGAUACACUCCACGUCGAUAGGCAACGAUUAUUACAACAGCCCCUCGCUGUACCACCCCACGGGCACCACCACCUUGUGACAAUACCCCCUCGCCUAAGGCAACAACAAUUUCUCGAAAUUUUGUACAUAGAUUCUUCUUGCAGCCAUUGUUAUUGACUAUUUUGUGCAGUGUAAUAUAGUUUUUAUUUUUCAUUUGUUCUUUGCAACACACACAAAUUAGGUGUAUCUACAUAGUUUUGUAAGUCUAGAGAGAGGAACCCAAUCGAUUUUCUUCCGAUAAUCUCUAAAUCGCGAUCUGUAUUUUGUCUGAAUAUUAAAUAUUAAUUUAUUUUUUUGCUAUUCCUCGAUAUUAUCAUGUAUCGUACCGCUUUUUAUCGAAAAUGAAUACUGUUAAGUUUAUAUUGUAUAAAUGUACAAAUUUUUAUUAACAGAAGGCAUAAUGUUCUAUUAAACAUUUUGUGAUGUUUCAAAUAUAUUUUAUCCCAUAUUUGAAAAAUGUACUUAGGAUAUUUAAACAAAAACAGUUUUUUUAAUAUUAUGUGCAACUAUAUGAACCAAAAUUUGUAAAUAAUAGAAAAUGUAUAUGUAUGUAUAUUGACGGAUUUGUCAUAAAUAACUAAAUAAAUGUUCAGA